UUCAAACAACCAAUCACGUCGUGCAAUACUCCGCAUUCUGGAUGAAUUGACCAAUUAGCGCGGCGCUCACAGUAACGUCUCUUCAACUUCCUAGCGGGAAGCAGCUAACGGGGAAGUGUCCACAUACAGACCGAAUCCAUGGUAGACUCAGCACCUUACAGAAGCAACAUGAGACUGUCCCGUGUCGAAUAUAGAGAAAUAGCGAGGUGGACCGAACAUUUACGACCCACCCGUCAAUGUAUGAAGAUGUUGAAGGACAGAUUUCCAAAUCACUCGCAGUCCACUCUUCUGAGCAUCUUCUCCCUGGAGUACCAGAAACGGACCAAAAGAACAAUCUCAAGACAUCAUACACCGGAUGUUAUUGAAAGCCACUAUCAACGGUAUCUGAGUGAAAGCAAGGCGUAUCCCAGUGCUCCUGUCCUGCUGGAGUUGGCCAAUGAGGUGGACCUGUCCCCUGCACUGAUGGCUCGAAUCAUCCUGGACAGAUUCCUUCAGGACCUGGAGGGUGAAAUGCCCACUAAAACAGUCCUCAACAGCAUGUUGAAGGAGCCGUCUUUAAUUCAGGACCAGAUUUUGGCCAAAAACAUCCACCAAUGCACAAUAAAUGACUGCUGUUAUGGACCGCUGGUAGACUGCAUCAAACACGCUAUUGGCCAAGAGCAUGAGGUGCUUCUCCGAGACAAGCUAAAGGAGAGAAACCUUUCCUUCCUGGAUGAAAACCAACUGAGAGCUAUGGGUUAUGACAAAACACCUGAUAUCAUUCUGGAGGUUCCAAUUGCCGUCGAGGGACACAUCGUGCACUGGAUUGAGAGCAAAGCCUCCUUUGGAGAUGACCACAGCCAUCGCACAUAUCUCAAUGAGCAGUUCUGGAGCUACUGGAAUAGGUUUGGUCCGGGCCUGGUGAUAUACUGGUACGGUUUUAUCGGCGAGCUGGACUGCCAGAGAGACAGAGGUAUCCUGCUCAAAGAUUGCUUUCCCACAGACAUUGCCACCCUGUGCCAUGCCUCGCAGCAGGACCAGCCCUCAACACAAGAGCCAGAAUGAGGACAAAGAGUGAGAAGAGAUGAGACGUUGGGACGGGGACGAUGAAUGGUGGGACAGCAAAAGAAAGACCAGGAGGCAGGGAGGGCGCUACCACUGAACAGGGGUGGAUACCUGGAUACAGAAGCGAUUUGGUUUUUCCUGCAGUGUGAAACUGCUGGCCAAAAAAAAUCUGCCCUGAACUCCACCUGACCCGAGUCUGUCCGUCUCUUUCUUCCUCCCUUUCAAUGCUUUAAAGCUACCACAUGUAAAUUACACACCGACACAUUGUAUAUCUGACAGUGCUGGGUCAGAUAGAUCCAAACCUGUGUCUCGGAGAAUGUCUUGGUUGUGCUCAUCAGCUCCUGGCCCCUGGAUGGCCCCCCUUGCAAGUGGACAGCCAGAACGAGAGCCAGGGCCAGGGCAGGACAUAAGGCCUUUUCUUAUCACACUCAAAGCCCUGGCCUUUGUCACUCUUUCCUCCUCCGUUACAUCGGCAGAUAAGCGAGGUGUGGUCGGCGUGGACGUCUGUCUUUCACCUGCGUCACUCCGUGCCCUCUUCCUCCCUCUCCGGGGGGGUAAACAGGAACGUCUCUGAUUAAAUUUGACCUCCCCGUGACCCUUUUCACUUCACAUUAUAACGGAGGGUUGAAGCAAAGCUUCACACCACCACACGACAUUAUCAUCAUUACGUCGCAUCUGCUUAUUUUAUGUGAAUUGUCCGUUUUUUGGUUGUUUUUUUAAACCUUUUUUCCCCUUUGCCCUCAAGUGUCAUGUAUUCUCUUCAGAUUUGGGUAUUUUGGAUAUUUUAAAUUCUACUACUUUGGAAAAUCACUUAUAAUAUUAUACCAAUUUCCCAAACAGCUAAAGCUUAAAAUACACAAUUAACAAUCCAUUGUUUCUGAAGUUGCAGUGUUCUGUGGACGUUUGUUUGCAAGUCCUUUUUAUUUUCUGUGAUAAGAAAUGUCAAAAAAAGCAAUGCUCUCAUGUACAGUACAAUUCAUUAUUUUGCUUUUUAAUAAAUGGUUUUAAUAUUUAUUGUCUUCAUGAAUAUUAACAGCACUUGUAUGGUUGUGCGUAGAAACACCUGAUUUCCAGUUUAAGGUGACCAUUCAGCAGUUGUCUGUUGCACAUCUUUACAGCCCCCAGUACCUUUUAUGAGCAUAUACUAAUGGAAGAAACACAGCUGGGCUAGAGGAACCAGAAGUGAGCAUAAAUUUGAGUGAUGCUUUUAGAGGCAGAUAUGCACUGCCGAUAGGGGGUCUCCGUCCUGUCCUCUUCUUUAUUGCACACACACACACACACACACACACAAGAGGACAGAAAGUGAAAGGGGCGAAGGACGUCAGAGAAUGCUUUUUAUAAUUCUUUUUACACAUUCUGAGCUUUCUAAGCAUUGAAAAAAAAGCAGAGGGUUUGUUUUUGUUCCUGAGCUCCAAGCAGAUUAUCGGCCCCUCACUUACUGUCCUGCAAAGACAUGAAAUAAAGUGCGACGUGAAUAAAGUGA